CAUAUGCUUCUCCCUAUAAAUUCCCCUCUCCAAGCUCGUGAAAUCUCAACCUGUGUUUCUCUCUGCUUUCAUUUCUUCCCCUUCUUCUUCGUAGUUCAUCGGAAAGAAAAAAAAAAAAAAAUCCUUGAGGAGUCCGAGGCUUAGGCUAAGGCAAAAACUUCUGCAAGAACUGGCUAACUCUCAGGGAAUUCUGGAGGAAGAAGAUUCCAGUAAUCAAAGGGUGGUCCUCGCCCUGUAUGAAGCCUUAAGCUCCCGUAACGUGAACACCGUUCACCAAAUCCUCGCUCCUGAUCUAGAGUGGUGGUUUCAUGGUCCGCCGUCUCACCAAUUUCUGAUGCGCCUUCUUACUGGAGCUUCAUCCAACGGUCAAUCUUUUCAAUUCGUUCCUCAAUCAAUCACAUCCUUCGGCUCUACCGUCCUCGUGGAAGGUUGCGAUCCGAGCCGUUCAAUCUCCUGGAUCCACGCCUGGACUGUGACGGAUGGGAUAAUUACACAGCUUCGUGAAUAUUUCAAUACCUCUCUUACUGUGACUCGUGUUGGAGAUCCGAGUGAAUAUCCGUCUACAUCGUCCUCCUCCGCGUCGUCGGAGAUAUCAUCUGCUGCGUCGUUGCAUCAUUGCCCUUCUGUUUGGGAGAGCAGCGUUUCAAAUCAGGUAGGAAAAUCGGUGCCUGGACUGGUGUUGGCCAUUUAAUUAAAUCUCUCGCAUUGGGUAGGGCCGCCAAUUGUAUUGUAAAAUUAAAAUAAAUUGAGAGAUGUGAGAAACUUGGGAUUGUGCGUGUAAUUUCUUUGUUUGGUUUCCGCCUUUUUGUAUUUUAUUUCAUUUGAAGGGUUUUGUUUGUGUCAUAGUGUGUGUGUGUGUGUAGGGGUAAGCACCAUGGAGAUGAGUCUGUAUUGGUGGAAUCCCGAUGUAUUUGUAAUGUUUAUAAUAAGGAUAUGUUCCAAUGUUUGUGUUAAAAAUGGCAUUUAUUUCCUUAA